UUUACUGGAGCCUCAGGUGUGUUCAAUAACGCGGCUCGUACGUCAUGACGAAGAUCCCCCGAAAUGAACCCAUGAAUAUUCUGUGAGCGUCUCACAAGAUGAAGCCUUUCCCGCGUAACGGAAAGGCAGAGGAAGAGGUGGAGAUGAUGUAGUGCGUGUGGGACGGGACAGUUAAGUUCUACGGGAAGCACUACAUCAAUUUAGUCAAACUUUGGGUAUUUUUCUUCCUGACUAGCCAUCCCUCCUACAGGUGAGAGGAAAGACGGGUGGGAACAAGGUUGGGAGUUGUCUUUUGGAGGAAAUCUUUUCCAGAAGCAGGAAAAUAACGAGUAUCACAUCUGGAUGUGUGGAAGAGACGGUUGAAUGGGAGAGAGAGCGCCACUCGUUCCUGCCCCCCCAGCCCCCCACCUCCUCUCCCCGCGAAGGGGAGAGCAAGUCUAAAUCAUGUUGCUUAUCAGUGCUGUUGUGCUGUGAUGUUGCUCAGGCAGAGCCCGGCAAAGAGCAGGAAGCCUUGCGGAUCGCCGCCCAGACCCGGCAUCGGCCCGGCCGCCCCAGAGCUGGAGAACCUGUCCCCGUCGCCCCCGCCUCGCGCCCCUCUCAGCGGGAUGUACCCCGAAGAGAGCCGGGGGUCCGGUGGGGUCGCCACAGUGGACUUCCUGGAGGGGACGUACGACUACGCCUCCCCGACUCCCGCCCAGACGCCGCUUUACAGCCACCCCAUGCCGGGCUACUACGCAGCCCCCCUGGACACCCACGGAUCGCCCUCGGACGGCAGCCUACAGUCGUUGGGCAGCGGGCCCACCAGCCCCCUUGUGUUUGUACCCACCAGCCCCCGACUCAGCCCCUUCAUGCACCCCCCCGGCCAUCACUAUCUGGAAACUACUUCAACUCCCAUCUACAGGUCCGGCGAGACGGUCAGUCAGCAGCAGGCGACCAGGGACGACCAGUGCGGCACGAGCGAGGAGGCGUACGUCCUGGGGGGCUCGGAGGCAGCAGCCGCUGCCGCCAUCGGGGUGUUUGAGAUGGCCAAGGAGACGCGCUUCUGUGCCGUGUGCAGCGACUACGCCUCCGGCUACCACUACGGGGUGUGGUCCUGCGAGGGAUGCAAGGCCUUCUUUAAGAGGAGCAUCCAAGGUCACAACGACUACGUGUGCCCGGCAACCAAUCAGUGCACUAUUGACAGGAAUCGCAGGAAGAGCUGCCAAGCGUGCCGACUAAGGAAGUGUUACGAAGUGGGCAUGAUGAAAGGAGGUGUGCGCAAAGACCGCGGUCGCGUAAUACGCCGUGACAAGCGGCGGACCACCGGCGCCAUGGAGAAGCUGACCAAGGAGAUGGAGCACAGAAAGGCAGCCCCCCAGGAAGUGCGGAAGCAGAGCGGGUGCGGGAUCGCCGGUGGGGGAAGAACCUCGGUAACGGACAUCCCUCCUGACCAGGUGCUCCUCCUGCUGCAGGGGGCCGAACCCCCGAUUUUAUGUUCUCGACAGAAGCUGAGCCGACCCUACACGGAGGUCACCAUGAUGACGCUGCUGACCAGCAUGGCCGACAAGGAGCUGGUCCACAUGAUCGCUUGGGCCAAGAAGCUGCCAGGCUUCCUCCAGCUGUCCCUGCACGACCAGGUGCAGCUGCUGGAGAGCUCGUGGCUGGAGGUGCUGAUGAUCGGCCUCGUCUGGAGGUCCGUCCACUGUCCAGGCAAGCUCAUCUUCGCUCAGGACCUCAUUCUGGACAGGAGCGAAGGCGACUGCGUGGAAGGCAUGGCGGAGAUCUUCGACAUGCUGCUGGCCACCGCCUCGCGUUUCCGCAUGCUCAGGCUCAAGCCCGAGGAGUUCGUCUGCCUCAAAGCGAUCAUCCUGCUCAACUCCGGCGCCUUCGCGUUCUGCACGGGCACCAUGGAGCCGCUGCACGACGGCGCGGCGGUGCAAGGCAUGCUGGACACCAUCACGGACGCCCUCAUACAUCACAUCGGCCAAUCGGGAUGCUCGCUGCAGCAGCAGGCCAGGCGCCAGGCCCAGCUGCUCCUCCUCCUCUCUCACAUCAGACACAUGAGUAACAAAGGCAUGGAACACCUCUACAGCAUGAAGUGCAAGAACAAAGUACCGCUGUACGACCUGCUGCUGGAGAUGCUGGACGCUCACCGCCUGCACCGUCCCGUCAGACCCCCCACGCAGAUCUGGCCCCAGGCGGAGAGAACGCCCCCCGGCGGCGGCGGCGGAAACGGCGCCGCCUCCAGUUCCGGAGGCCGCGGCGCCCAGGAGAGCCUGAGCAGGAGCCCCCCAUGUCCAGGCGUGCUGCAGUUCGGAGGGUCCCGGCCCGACUGCGCAGAAAUCCUGUGAGGCGGACAAAAGGAUGAGUGUUGCGCUGAAGGUCAUUUGAUGAAUAUUUAUACAUUUCUGGCAUCGCUCAAUGAUCUUUGACUUUUCCACUGUUGCUCACAUGGCUUCUUAAGUGCCAGCUGCACUGUAUGAAAUUCACGUUCUGUUUAUUCUUUUUUUUUUUUUUGUUCUUCUCCAUUUUCAUUGCCAUUCAACCAAAGUGCACUUCCUCUUAGCUUGAAGGGGCUACCGGGCAUUACUUUCAUUUCUUUGCAUAACAAGCUGUGAUUGAAAAACUUGUCGGCUCUUGACCCGCCAGCUGAGUACCAGCGCGUCUGACGUCUAACGUUCGCUACACUACUACCGGUUUGAUCAUAUUUGUAAACCGUAUAUUGAUCAUGAUUGAUAACUAUUUUGUGUUUCUGUCUGCCGUGUCGUUGGGGGAGGGUGGGGGUGGGGGGGGGAUACCAUCUGCAAGUUACACAGCUUCAAAUCCGAGCCAAACUGUCAUUGGGUAACUGUAGAUUUGUUCACUUGCACUUGUUUUGUAUUAAAUGUUGAUUAUUUCUGGUCCAAUUGUUGUUUUAUCACAAUUAUGUGCUGAAAAGUAUUCACUGAUGAAAAAAAAAUCCAUCUUUGGAAAUAAAUAUUUUGUCUGUAAACAUUUACUUGCAAAAUAAAUAAUUUU